AUGCCAAAAAUUGAAAAUACUACAGGAAUGCCUAUACAUUUGAUUAUAGAUGAAUUAAAAAGUGAUGAUAUAAGAAAAAGAAUUCAUUCAGUCAAGCAUUUAGAUUUGAUUGCCAGUACUAUAGGUCCAGAGAGAACGAAAAGUGAAUUAAUCCCUUUCAUAUAAGGUAUGCUCAAAUAUCAUUUAGAAUUGCUCGAUGAUGACGACGAGGUUUUGAUUGAAUUGGUUGAAUCUUUAUCUAAAAAUUUCAUUGAGCUAGUAGGUGGAUAGGCAUAAGUUUUACUACCUACUUUCGAAGCAUUAUGUAGAGUGGAAGAUGCUUCAGUAAGGGAGAAAGUAAUGAAUGCAUUAUAUCGAGGCUGCUAAUCAAUUGAAGAAAUGUUUUACUUUGUUGCCUGAUUAAAAGAAGAUUGAGGAAUUGUCAAUGGGGAUUAUAAAAAGAUUGAAUGAUAGCGAUUAUUAUAUGGCCAAGAACGCAGUUGUGAUAUUGGUGCCAGCUAUUAUUAAUUAAGUCUCUCAGAACAAUUAGAAUGAUUUGAUUAACAUCAUACUAAAAAUUUCAUAAGACCAAAUUCCUUAAGUUAGAAAAUUUUCAUCAAUGUAUUUUUAAGUAUUUUGUUACAUAAUUGCAGGAUUUAGUGAAGCAUUUUCCAAUAGUAAAUGAAACCUUCAUUUAAAAUACAUUGAAUUCAUUCAUUAAAGACGAAUAAGAUUUUAUUAGAAUGUAUAUAGUUGAUGCAUUGAUUGCCUCGAGUAAAACUGCAUUUUUUUAAAAACAAUAAAACUUUGUUCUCAAUAUGUUCAAACAAUUGGCGGAAGAUCAAUCAUGGAGAGUGAGAUAUUAUUUCUGUGAUAAAUUGGCUGAAGUAUACAGGAAUGAAUAAAUAUUAGAUUGGAGAAUCAGUAGGUAAAGACAGUUAUAGAAAAAACUUUUAAAAUUACCAUUUGAAGUUUUUGUAGGAUAGUGAGCCUGAGAUGAAGUCUAUUGCAGCAUUGAAAAUAGAAAAGUUAAGUUCGCUAAUGGAUGCAGAGGAAAUUAUGAAUAAAUUAAUUCCACUUUUGAAAUCAAUUCAAUCAGAUUCAAACUCCUUUGUUAGAAGUAUAAAGUUACUUAUAAUGCACUUAUAGAUUCCUUAGCUUCUUCUGUCUUGUCAUUAUCACCUAUUAUUGGUAAGAAAAAUACAAGUGAAUAAAUUUUGCCAAUCUUCUUAACCUUACUAAAAGAUCAAGAUUCGGAAGUUAGAAUCACUUUAUUCAAAAAAUUAAGUCUUCUCACAAGUGUACUAGGAGUUGAUUCUUUGUCUUAAAGUGUCAUUCCAGCUCUAACAGAAUUAGCUUAAGAUAAGAAUUGGAGAAUUCGAGCAUCUACAAUAGAAGUUCUAAGCUUCUUUGCCAGAGCAAUAGGUCCAGAAUUCUUAUCGGAUAAAGUCCUUAAAUUACUCUUAGAUUGGCUUGGUGAUAAAGUGUACUCUGUGCGAUAAACAGCAAUUCAAUAAACUGCUUAAUUGAUCUAAAUUCUUGGUAUUGCAUGGGCUGAUAGAAAUUUGUUAACUAAAAUUUGGGGAUUUCAAUCUAUACAAAAUUAUCUUCAGAGACUCACAGUGCUAUUUACAAUAACUGUAUUACUAUUGAUUUAUUGUUGUUUAGCAAAUAGCAUCUUCAUUGAACAAUGAUUACAUAUUGAAAACAAUUCUUCCUCUUUUAUAAUAAAUGUCAAAGGAUUCAGUUGCCAAUGUCAGAAGCAAUGUUUGCAAGACAGCUAUCUUAUUAGCAAAAGAGAAAGGGGGAAAUGUUGUAGAGCCAUUGAAAAAAGUUUUAUAAUCUCUUUGUGAUGAUUAAGAUGCAGAGGUUAAAUACUAAGCAAAAAGUGCAUUAGAAUCAUUAUGA